CUUGGUGAGCAGCCUGGGGAGGAACAGACGGAGGAGGACGACAGUUCUAGUCGGACACAGAUUCGAUGACACUGCAGCGUCCGGCAGCAAAACAAACCCGACCAGACUGGUCACGUAGUGAAUGAAUGAGCCCCGAACCCGUCUGUUAUCACGCAGGCUAACAAGCUAAUAAGCUAACAAGCCAACAGAGUCAUUAGAACACAAGGUAGCAAGCUAACCGGCUAAUAGGCUAGCAGGCUAACAGUUAGGAGCGUCCUUCGCUGCGUGUCAGCAGCAGAAAACACAGUCCGGAUCCAGCAGAGGACUGCACCUCUGAUCCGGACCCGGCAGCAUGCAGGCGGAGUUUCGGGCUCCGCGGAGACGCACGCGGGUGCAGGAGGAGUACGAGGCUCCGCUACCGAUGAGCCGCAGCCUGGAGGAGGCGAGCCACUUCCGGGCGGAGCUCAUCAACCAACACGUGCUGGUCUGUCACCCGGACCACAUCCAGAAGAUCCACAACCAGGGUUACUUCGGUAAAGGCAUCCUGUCCAGAUCCAGACCGGACCACAGCAUCUCUGACCAAUGGGAGCAUCAUGCAGGUCUGUUUCUGCCUGUCAUCUCACAGUCCAGGUAUGAUGAGCUCCUCAGGUGGGCGGGUGCGGCUCUCUCUGCUCAGGGAUUGGAUGAAGCAGCUGUCAAUCAAACCCUGCUCAGCCUCUCUCAGCCAGUAGAAAUAGCAGAAAUGAGGAGGGAGGUGGGGGGAGGGUUGGAGGAUGGACAGAAGGGGGCGGAGCCAGGACCAGAGGGUGGAGCCUGUCCCUACACAAAGAGGCAGCGGCCGUGUUCAGAGGUGGAGCCUGAGGCGAAGAGGAGCUGCAGGUUGAACCCACGAGACCUGAACCUGGACCACAGUACAGAUCCCAGCUCAGACCAGGACCUUGAUCCUGAUCCUGACUCUGGCCCUGACUCUGACUCUGAUCCUGGUCCUGGUCCUGGUUCUGACUCUGAUCCUGGUCCUGGUCCUGACUCUGACUCUGACUCUGAUCCUGGUCCUGGUCCCGGUCCUGGUCCCGGUCCUGGUCCUGGCUCUGAUUCUGGUCCUUUGGUUCCAGGUCCUGGUUUUGUCCUGGUGGUCUCUGACAGUGAGGUGUGCGGGGAGGUCCGACAGGUGCGGCAGUCUCCUGUCUCCGUCUCAGAGUACCUGCAGCUCAGUCUGGAGGAGGCCUUCUUCCUGGUCUACAGUUUGGGCUGUCUGUCUGUCUACCUGCACCAGGAGCCGCUGUCAGUCCUCCAGCUGUGGAGGAAGUUCCGUUCCCUGAGGCCCGACUUUGUCAGCUCGUUCUCAGCCUAUCAGCACUGUCGAAGCAGGGGGUGGAUCCCAAAAGGAGGGGGUGGGGCCAAGUAUGGCGUCGACUUCAUGUUGUACAGGAAGGGACCGCCGUUCUACCACGCCAGUUAUUCAGUGGUAGUUGAACGGGUUGAUGAUGCGUUCAGGGGCUCUGCGUUGCGUCCGUUUUCGUGGCGUUCUCUAGCGGCUCUUAGCAGGAUCACCUCCAACGUCUCCAAGGAACUGAUGUUGUGUUACAUCAUCUAUCCAGCCGACCAAUCAGAAGCCGAGCUAGACUCACCUGUCUGUCUGAGCAGGCUGAAGGUUCAGGAAGUGAUCGUUAGCAGGUGGGUUUCCUCCAGAGAGCGAGCUGAGCAGGAAGACUUCUGAUUGGCUGACAGGAGACUGGAAACUGAUGAUGUCACAGAAUGAUGUCACAGAGACUCAACCAUUGUCAAUUGAAGAGUCAGAAACAUUCAACCUUUAUUUAAAUGUGAAUCAUUGACAGUGAUGAACGACUAGUUCUGAUGACAUCACACACUUCCUGCAAGACGUGACAUCACAGACUUCCUGCAGGACGUGACAUCACAGACUUCCUGCAGGACGACAAGAUUUGGCUUCAUGGGAGACUCUUUAAAUCUGAAUGUUUACAAAGAACGUGGACAUGUGGACAGAGGGAAAUGUUUCUGAGUGUUGGGUGAGAAAAUAAAUGUGAAAUUUAAAAGAUAAAAACACACAUAUCAACAAUCACUGUGACACAUCUGAGACAACAUGAUGAACCGCAGAUGGUUUAUGGCAGAGGACAGAAACACAGCAGUUUAACAUGUUAGAGCUAACAGGACUAAAGCUAACAGAGCUAAAGCUAACAGAGCUUAAGCUAACAGGACUAAAGCUAAUAGGACUUAAGCUAAGAGGACUAAAGUUAAUAGGACUUAAGCUAACAGGACUAAAGCUAAUAGGACUUAAGCUAACAGGACUAAAGUUAAUAGGACUUAAGCUAACAGGACUAAAGCUAAUAGGACUUAAGCUAACAGGACUUAAGCUAACAGGACUAAAGCUAAUAGGACUUAAGCUAACAGGACUAAAGCUAACAGGACUAAAGUUAAUAGGACUUAUGCUAACAUGACUAAAGCUAAUAGGACUUAAGCUAACAGGACUAAAGCUAAUAGGACUUAAGCUAAUAGGGCUUAAGCUAACAGGACUAAAGUUAAUAGGACUUAAGCUAACAGGACUAAAGCUAACAGGACUAAAGGUAACAGGUCUAAAGCUAACAGAGCUAAAGCUGUCAGAGCUAAAACUAACAAGACCUAAGCUAACAGGACUAAAGCUAACAGUGCUUAAGCUAACAGAGCUAAAGCUAACAAGACCUAAGCUAACAGGACUAAAGCUAACAGAGCUAAAGCUAUCAGAGCUUAAGCUAACAGAGCUAAAGAUAUCAGAGCUUAAGCCAACAGGACUUAAGCUAACAGGACUAAAGGUAGUAGGACUAAAGGUAGCAGGACUAAGCUAAUAGGACUAAAGGUAGCAGGACUCAAGGUAACAGGACUUAAGGUAACAGGACUAAAGGUAACAUGACUAAAGCAAACAGGACUUAAGCUACGAGGACUAAAGGUAACAGGACUAAAGGUAACAGGACUUAAGCUAAGAGGACUAAAGGUAACAGGACUUAAGCUAACAGGAUUAAAGUUAAUCGGACUUAAGAUAACAGGGCUUAAGCUAACAGGACUAAAGGUAGUAGGACUAAAGGUAGCAGGACUAAGCUAAUAGGACUAAAGGUAGUAGGACUAAAGGUAGCAGGACUCAAGGUAACAGGACUUAAGGUAACAGGACUAAAGGUAACAUGACUAAAGCAAACAGGACUUAAGCUACGAGGACUAAAGGUAACAGGACUAAAGGUAACAGGACUUAAGCUAAGAGGACUAAAGGUAACAGGACUUAAGCUAACAGGAUUAAAGUUAAUCGGACUUAAGAUAACAGGGCUUAAGCUAACAGGACUAAAGGUAGUAGGACUAAAGGUAGCAGGACUAAGCUAAUAGGACUAAAGGUAGUAGGACUAAAGCAAACAAGACUUAAGCUACGAGGACUAAAGGUAGCAGGACUAAAGCAAACAGGACUUAAGCUACAAGGACUAAAGGUAACAGGACUUAAGCUAAGAGGACUAAAGGUAACAGGACUAAAGGUAACAGGUGAUGUCCUGUUACAUGUUGAAACACCUGCUACAUGUGACGCCGCAAUGACGUUGACGUUGAGGAGGAAACUGACAGAAACAUUCAGAUCUUAUCUUACUAUAUAAUAGGGCUGUCAAAAUUGCUCAAAAAUGACAUUUGAAUAUUCCUUCUAAAAAUAACUCACAGGUUCAAACCAUUCAAUUUUUUUUUUUCACAUCAUGUCCACAAGAGGGCAAACUAAUACAAGGAAACAUACCUGUAUAUGUAUUAAUACAAGGAAACACAACUACUUGUAGGUAUUUUUAUUUCAACAUAAACGUCUUUGAAAACAUUUACAUGCCUACACAUUAAAACACAUAAAACAAUUAUCUAUAACAUUACGUUAUAAACGACCGCGGACCUCUCUCUCUCGCUCGCCCCCCCUCUCUGACCCGUCACGCCAGGGCCACACCGCCCAUGGAAGCGCUGCGAAUAGCCUCGAAGCGCCAAGUAGUAAAGCCAGUUUCCUUUCAGUGCCCAUGUUAACCGAUUGUGUCAUCCACACCAUGGCUGGCUCGCGCCCUGCAGUGAUCGUUUCGGCGAUCUGAUCUGAUCUGAUCUGAUCGCCCAUCGGCGAUAGAAGGGUUGUUUCACGAUGUCUUUUUUAAA